AUGUCAGAUACCACAGAGCCAAAAGAUGAAGCACCAGAAGCUGGGAACAAUGAUGUGCAGGAUCUUGCUACCGACUAUCCAGAUGGCGCUAGACUUGCUGCUAUUCUCCUCUCACUCAUACUUAGUACCUUUCUAAUCGCGCUUGAUAAUACAAUUCUCAGUACAGCCAUUCCCAAGAUUACGGAUGAGUUUCAAGACCUGAACAAGGUAUCGUGGUAUGGGGCUGUAUAUUUCAUGACGUUUGGUGGUAAGUCCCACAGCAUGGCCAUUGCGGAUUAUCGAAACCUUGGGUUUCAAUCAACAUGGGGGAAAGUGUACAAAUACUUUACGAUAAAGCUCUGGUUCCUCGUCGCAAUUGUCAUAUUCGAGGUCGGCAGUCUCGUCUGUGCAGUGGCUAAAAACCCCACUACUCUGAUAGUCGGGAGAGCAAUUGCGGGCCUAGGCGCAGCUGGUACCAUGGUUGGAGUGUUCACCAUCAUUGGAUUCGCUGCAACUCCAGAAAAGCGUCCGCAGCUUGUGGGCUUUACAGGGGCCACUUAUGGUAUUGCUGCUGUUCUGGGGCCCCUUCUCGGUGGAGCUUUCACUGCCAAAGUAUCAUGGCGAUGGUGCUUUUACAUCAAUCUACCUGUAGGAGGAGUGGCCGCUGCCAUUAUUCUUUUCACGUUCCAGAAUCCCAAACACGUGAAGCCAGCGGAAGCCUCUUGGAUCGAGAAAUUUCUCCAGAUGGAUCCUGUUGGUGCAGUCCUUGUGAUGGGCCUGAUAAUACAGUACCUCCUGGCACUGCAGUAUGGUGGCCAAACUCAUCCAUGGGACAGCAGUGUUGUUAUUGGGUUGCUGGUCGGCUUCGUUGUCAGCUUUGCAUCCUUCAUAGUUUGGGAAAUCUACCAGAAGGAACGUGCAAUGAUCGUUGCGCGACUUUUCACGAAGAGCUAUGUCCUGGUAGGCUGCAUCUACAUGUUCUUUUUUGGUGGCGCGUACUUCGUCGUACUCUACUACCUUCCCAUAUACUUCCAAAGUGUUUUCAAUGACAGUCCCAUCGGUUCUGGGGUCAAAACUCUUGCGUUAAUUGUCCCUCUGACUUUCGCCAUCAUCCUACAAGGCGGUUUGCUAUCCAAAAUCGGCAUCGUACCAUUAUUCUGGAUCGCUGGAGGCACCCUAGGAACGAUCGGCAGUGGACUUUUCUACACCAUGGACAUAGACACUACUACUGGCAAAUGGGUUGGCUAUCAGAUCAUCGUUGGCUUCGCUUGUGGCGGUGCAUUUCAAGUUGCCUUAGCAAAUGCUCAAGUCCAUGCUACUCCUGAGGACAUGUCACAGGUGGCAGCUAUCGUCCAAUUCUUUAUGACGAUUGGGGGUUCCUUUUUCCUCUCAGCAGCGCAAUCGGCCUUCAACAAUCAACUGAUACAGAAACUCAGUGCCACUCUUCCCGAGAUCGACCCUGUCGCGGUUCUGGGAAUUGGUGCCACUCAGAUUCGUGAAGCUUUUACGAUGGCUCAAGUACCCCUUGUCAUUGAUGCAUACAUGGUCGGGUUGAAGGCCGUCUUUGCAAUCACCAUUGCUACCUUUGGGGUUUCAACGAUUGUUGGAUUCUUCGGUAGUUGGAGAAAGCUGCACACCGAUGAGCUGAAGACGACUGUCAGUGGCGGAGCGUGA